AACACAACCAACGGUCCAGAUUUCUCUCCACCCCUCCUUCUACAACAUGGCAGUUUGGUAAAUACCUCGCAUUGUUCUGAGAAAAAUAUAAAUGGUAUUCUUCGUUCAAAAUUUGAAACCCACGUCACUCCUUCUCUCUUACUUUCCCUUCUCCCUCUUUCAACAACGAUAUAUCUCUCUCUCACAAUUGGGAGAGGCGACAUCAGGGCUCCCAAAAAUGCCAUCAGCUUCGUCCUCGGUGUCCGACCUCUCUCUCGACUCAUCUCUCUGUCUUCCUCCUCCCUCCGUCGACCCAACACCACAACACCAGCAGCAUCGCACCACCUCUCUAGGUAUCUCUUUCUCAAACCCGAAACCCGUAACCGUAAAUCAGAAGUCUUCCUUGGAGAGAGAUUCUUCUGUCUCCUUUUCCUUUCUAAUGCCCACAAUCCAAUCUCCCAAUUAUGUUAUUCAAGAACAGUCGGUGUACGUGAGGUGUAGGAACAGUCGGUGUAUGUCAGCCAACGAAGAGGUAUUUCUUGCAUAAUUUGUGUAUUCUGGUUUUUGUUCUUAUUUUCAGUUGACUGUCGUCAUUGAACUUAAUUCGAAGGCGUUUU